GAAAAACACCAACAAAAACACGUGAAAUGUAACGCAGUGUACUCAUUUAACAUUCAUUCCAUAUACAAACGAAACAAUGAAAGUAAAAGUGAUAAGCAGGAACCCGGAUGAGCACCUGCGCGAAACCAAACUACACAUCCACAAAGUCCAACGAAACUACGAUCCCGACCUACACCCGUUCGAAGCGGCCCGCGAGUACGUAAAAGCCCUAAACGCCGUCAAAUUAGACAAAGUAUUCGCCAAACCGUUCCUCGGCAGCCUCGACGGCCACCGCGAUGGAGUCUCCACCAUGGCCAAACACCCCAGCAGGAUCUCCCUGCUUUGCAGCGGCGCCUUCGACGGCGAGGUGCGCGUCUGGGACCUGCCCCAAAGGACUUGCACCAGGGAAUUCGUCGCCCACGAUGGCAUCGUACGAGGCAUCGUCUACACGAUCACAGGCGAUCGAUUCAUCACGAUCGGAGACGAUAAGAGCAUCAAGACUUGGAGCGCCGACGAGCCGGCGUUCGGAGAGGACGAGGAACCUGUUAAUACCAUUCUAAGCAAAACGGUCUUGUCAGGUAUAUCCCAUCACUAUACCGAUAAUACUUUCGCUACAUCGGGCGAAUUGUGCCAGCUGUGGGACGAGACCAGAAACGAGCCGUUGCGUACGAUCGAAUGGGGAAUCGAUACAUUACACGAUGUGGCCUUUAAUCCGGUCGAAGGUAAUAUAUUGGCGGCGUGCGCGAGCGAUCGUAGCAUCAUACUGUACGAUACCAGGGAGAAAUUGCCCUUGCGCAAAGUCAUCAUGAAGCUCAAGACCAACAAGUUGUGCUGGAAUCCCAUGGAGCCUUUCGUGUUCACCACGGCCAACGAGGAUUACAACUUGUACACGUUCGAUUCCCGCAACUUAAAGAAACCCGUAAACGUCCAUAUGGAUCACGUGGGAGCCGUAACUUACGUGGAUUACUCGCCCACCGGUAGGGAAUUCGUAUCGGGCAGUUACGAUAAGACGGUGAGGAUAUUCGAAGCGGAAAAAGGACAUUCGAGGGAAAUCUACCACACGAAGCGCAUGCAAAGGCUCACCUGCGUAUUGUGGUCGUUAGAUAGCAAAUAUGUUCUAAGCGGAUCCGAUGAAAUGAACAUAAGAAUAUGGAAAGCGAAGGCUUCGGAGAAAUUAGGACCGUUGAAGCCGCGUGAAAAGGCGGCGUUGCGGUACAGCGAGGCCUUGAAAGAGAAGUACGCCAGCCAUCCGCAGGUGAAGAGGAUAGCGAGGCACCGGCACGUGCCCAAGCACGUGUACAACGCCCAGGGCGAGCUGCGAACGAUCAAAGAGCGAUCGAAGAGGAAAGAGGCCAACAGGAGGGCGCAUUCCAAGCCGGGCGAAGUGCCGUUCGUACCCGAAAGGGAGAGGCACGUGCUCAAAGAAGAACGAUGAUGCCUGGAUGUUUUUUUUUUGUUUUUUUUUUUUUGUAUCGAAUAAAAGUGUUGUUAAAUAAAUUGAUUUUGGUGUGUCGUGAAAAUGUAAAUAAAUUAAUACCAUAGAACUAAAACUGAUGAAACUGUUUGCAAAAUCUCACACGUUUUUCGACGAUGCUGUGUUGCCGUGUCUCUUUUCUUGGCUGAAUAAACUGCAGUUGCAUCUGUUUAUUCGAAGAAACUAAAGAAAAAUUCAAAGAAACCAUAGAUAUACAGUGAGGACCAAAAGUCCG